AGAAACCCCGAUCAUUUCAGAAAGAAACCCAAAUCAUUCCCCAAAAACCACCCUAAUCAUUUCGAAAAACACCCUAAUCCUUGAUCUUUCUGCGUUUCUUAAGAAGUGGGGCUCAGGGGAUCGGGGAACUUGAAGUGGACCUGAGGCUCCCCUCCUUUUACGUUUGCCUUUCGUUUUGAAAUUUUUUUUUUCUUUUGUGGCAUCCAAGUGGACAACCCAAAUGCUAAAUCACUUGCCACAUAGGCAUGACAUGGCAAAAUGUUGCCACGCAAGCGAGGUCCUAAUAGCAGUUAAGUUGGCCGUAAGAAGAAGGGCUAAAUUGCACCGAUCGCAGAGUUCAGGGGCUUAUCUGCUUCAAUUAAAGUCUGGGGGCUUAAUUGCGAUUCUGGGGUCGGUUCAGGGGCUUAACUUAUGAUUUUGCCAAGUGCUUUUGGAGUAGUCAGUCUGGCUCUGAACCUACGUGCCUAUGACUUCGUUUCCCAAGAGAUUUGUGCAGCGGAAGAUCUUGAAUUUGAGACGUUCUACACCAAAAAUAUUCCUUUAAAUAGAAGUAUUCUUGGAUG